AUGGUGCCCGGGCUGGGCGAGGCGGCGCUAUCGGGCGCUCCGGGCUGCAGCGGGGGAGAAGGGCAGGAUGAGCAGGAGGGCCAGCCCGAGACUCCCCCCAGCGCCCAGCACCGGGAGAGCACAGCGCAGCGCCCCCUGGCGGGAGCCCGGUCUCCGGCGCCCGCGGCAGCACAGCGCAGCGCCCCCUGGCGGGAGCCCGGUCCCCGGCGCCUGAGGCAGCGCAGCGCCCCCUGGCGGGGAGCCCGGUCCCCAGCGCCGGAGGCAGUGCAGUGCAGCGCCCCCUGGCGGAGAGCCCGGUCCCCGGCGCCUGAGGCAGCACAGCGCAGCGCCCCCUGGUGGGAGCCGGUCCCCGGCGCCCGAGGCAGCGCAGCGCCCCCUGGCGGGAGCCCGGCCGCAGAGCCCCAGCCGGGGUGGGUCGGAGGGAGGGGCCCCGGCAGGGCCAGGGCCGCCCCGGACCCGGUUGCCUGGCAGCGGCCGCCGCAUUGUGAGGCCGGGCCCCGGCGGCUGCAGCUGAGGCUGCCCUGGGCAGAGCCGGCCCCGGCCCGGCCCGGCCCCAUGUCCGCCAACCACUGGGAGGCCCGGCGCAGGCAGCUGGUGCUGGAGCGCAGGCGGCGGAACCAGCUCCUCCAGCAGAAGGCGGAAGAAGCCGCCAAGAAGGCGCCGGAGCAGAGGCCUGAAAUCAGCCCCUCCCAGCUGCAGCCCCAGGGCCCCCCCCGGCCAGAAGUCACCUGCUCCUGCCAGUGCUGCCCAUGCAAGUGUCAUUACAUGACGAUAAGCAGCGCAAAACUGCCGCGUAGAUUCUCAGCUGUGCAAUACAUACAACAAUGGUAAUGACCAAGUAACCAGCAGCGCAGGAAUGACUCCUCACCUCGUAACAUGCCUUUAAGCACCAAGGAGAUCCAGACAAGUGCAGCUGAAUCCAACACCAUAACGAAGCCAUCAGCAUGAAGAACACAUAGGACCUGCCGGCCACUUCCCAUUAGGGGCUGUAACUCUUACUGUGUAAUAAACUCUCCACACCCACAGAA